AUGAAAAAGUGCAGCAACAACAACAUUUGACCACAUGCAUUGCAGUGUCUCUCUCUCCCUCUCACCAAUUUUUUUAUUCCUUGAAAAUUGGUCAAGGUCCUAUUAUCUAUUUAUCUCACACCCUUUAAUGCAACCCAGAGAUCAGAAUCCAGACCCUCUUUCUCCAUUUCCUUCUUCUUCACAUUUUCUUUGAGCUUAUAAAAUCCAACUUUUGAGGUCUUUCUAUAUUUAGAACAGGUGUUAGUGUCUGUAGCUGCUUAAUCUUAGUUAUGAUGAGUGCUUCAAAGUUCAUUAAAUGUGUCACUGUUGGGGAUGGAGCUGUUGGGAAAACCUGCAUGCUCAUUUGCUACACCAGCAACAAGUUCCCCACUGAUUACAUACCCACAGUAUUUGAUAACUUUAGUGCUAAUGUAGCUGUGGAUGGAAGCAUUGUCAAUUUGGGGCUUUGGGACACAGCAGGCCAGGAAGACUAUAGUAGGUUGAGGCCACUGAGCUACAGGGGAGCAGACAUAUUUGUGUUGGCAUUCUCAUUGAUUAGCAGAGCUAGCUAUGAAAAUGUUCUCAAGAAGUGGAUGCCAGAAUUGCGUAGAUUUGCACCUAAUGUUCCAAUUGUUCUUGUUGGUACGAAGUUAGAUCUUCGUGAAGAUCGGGGAUAUUUUGCUGAUCACAUGGGAUCUAAUGUUAUAACAUCUGCUGAGGGGGAAGAACUAAGGAAACAAAUAGGUGCAGCUGCUUACAUUGAGUGCAGCUCGAAGACUCAACAGAAUGUCAAAGCAGUUUUUGAUACUGCAAUUAAGGUUGUCCUUCAACCUCCAAGGAGGAAAGAAAUGGCUAGUAAGAAAAGGCAUAGAAGGUCUGGCUGCUCAUUUGUAGGUAUUGUUUGUGGAGGCUGUGCUGCUUAAUGGUUUCACACAUCAGUUGCACCAUCACCUGCUUUUGAUAUGGAUGCUAUUUUGCAAAAGCUUCAAGGUCAAGUGUGGAUUCAUGGAAACUAAUUUUACAUAUUUAAAUGUAUCUUUAUUCUUGUAUUGUAAGAUAGUAUAUUAAGCUGGUUUCAGACUUUCAGUUCACAGACCCUAUUAGACACUGGAGGGAAUUUUUCAUUCUCUCACAUGUUACUGAGGGAUAUUGUGUUUAUAUAGUUACCAAUUUAUUAAGCCAAGAGAACCGUCACCUUUUAACUUGAAA